AUGCGGUACCCGCCGCUCUUCGACCUCUCGUCCAUGGAGCACUUGCACAGCCUCUACACGUUCAACUCCCUGCAGCGCAAGCUCUACCGCUCCACGUCCACGCUCGCCUCCCUGCCCAUCUUCCUCCUGCCAAGUGGCGCCAAGUACAGUGCUGGCGCCACCGACGCCCCCCUCCACGCCGGCAAGGUGGCAGGCGCGCAGCGCGAGCCGGGCUCGAACAGCGAGCUCGAGCUCACGAAGCUGCCGGUGCCGCCGGUGCCGGUCAUACCCCUGGGGCACCCACCCGACAGGCCGCGCUCGGGCACGGCCAGCACCGGCCUCGGCUCUUGGGGCGCGCUCAGCUCUGGCGCGGGCCUCGGGGGCGGGCCAGAGGCGGCCGCGUCGGCGCUGGCGAGCAGCCAGGGCGCCGUACAGCUGAGCGUCCUGGAGCAGAGGCUGCAGGACUCGGUCAGGUGCAUGAAGAAGCGCCGGCAGUCCAGCGCGGAGGAGCCGCCCAGCGGGGACACGUUGGACAGCCUCGGCAGCAGUGGGGGGCUCGGGGUCUCCGCCGGCUCGGCCUCCCCAGCGGGCGGCACAGUUAGCAGUGGCGCAGGCGGCACGGCCGCCGCGCCGGCCCCUGGCGCCUCCCUCCUCGACGUCGCGGAUACCUCGCGUGGGCCCGACGCGCACACCGAGACGCUCUUCGUCAACGGCGUCACCUUCCUCUGCCCUCCCAUCCACCCGCCGGAGAUGCCGAGCUGGUCGACGCUGCAAGACCUGCCCAGGGUCGGGAAGGGCGGCAAGGCACACCCGUCGAAGGAGGGCGCGCUGGCCGAGGCGCCGCCAGAGGCUGACGUGCAGGCGGAGGACAAGGAGCGCAUGCCCGAGGAGGUCGCCACCGCCGGUGAGGCAGAGGCGGACGGCGAGAAGGGCCGCGAGGACGAGGGGGAAGAGGAUGCGCCGCCCGCAAUCAGCUACGACAGGCUCAUGAUGGACGUCACCGACAUCUGCUGCGGCUGCAGCAGUGCGUCCCUCAACCUGAGAAGCCAGAGCAACCUCUGGCCCGAGGAUAACCACACCCACAGCCUGAUGCCCGCCAGCCCGAUGGCGCUCCCCCUUGCGCUCCCGCUGGUGUUUGGUAAGACUGGGGAGCGCCGGCUCAGCGAGGCCUCCUUCAAUGAGCUGCUACACUACCAGGAGAACUACGGCACCGCCGAGUCCCUACUGUCCAUGCUGGUGCGCGAGCGCAGGCUGUCGCAGGCGUGCUGCUACAUCUUCAACGAGAAGGUGUCCAAGCGGCUGUUCGUGGACGUCGUGGCACACCACUGCCUCGCGCACAACCAGUUCGCGGAGCUGCAGAAGGUGAUCCUCGACUUCGACCCGUCGCUCAGGCGAGUCCAGGAGUACUUGAACGUGCUGAAGGAGUUCCUGCGCGACCGGCGGGCGCUGGACCUGCUGUACUCCUACCAGGUGUUCACGAAGGACUUCGUGAACGCCGGCCUGCUGGCGAUCCAGCUCUUCAUAGCCUCGAACACGUGGGACGCGCGAGUCGGCCACCUGCAGAACGCCUACGCCCACCUGAACGUCGCCUACAAGCAGCUCUUCGGGCGGCGGCGCGGCGCCCACGCAGACCACAAGGGUGAGGGCGGCGUCGUGGACGGAGCGGCGGAAGGGGGCACGAUGGCGGGGGCUCCCGACGGCGCUCUGGGCGGCGGCACGGGCGAGACGAUGGUGGACGGCAUCAGCGGCCUCGAGAUCACCGAGAGCGACAUCUGCCGCAGCCUGGAGACCGUCAAGAUUCAGAUGGCCAUCUGCGAGGCGAUGCCCACGGACAUGCCCCAGGGCAUGGACCUCUUCGGGCCAACGCCCUCCCAGUGCGAGGUCGCCGAGCGGCUCCUGGUAGCCGCUCACUUCGACCUCGCCCAGAGGGUAAUCGACUUCCUGGACCUGCCGGCCGUGGAGCUGUGCGUUCGCGCCUCCAACCAGAUUGCGACCCUGGAGGCUCGCAAGGAGAACGGUUCCAUCGCGCGAGUGGUGCGGUUCCUCGAGUCGAUCCCGAAGGUGCCGCCCAUGGAGUGGGACAGCCUGGUGUCGAACGUGGUCAACAUAUGGAUCAUCGAGAAGGCCGAGAUCUCCUCGGACCCGUCGGCGGCAGGCCAGCUCAUCAGGUUCAUCCGCGACGAGCGGUGCCAGAUGGACGCGCACAUCCUCACUGGGAACCUUGCUAGCGCCCUGCAGAUCGCAACGCGCCUCGGCAGCCUGCACGACGUCCUGCACAUCCGCGCGCGUGCGCAGAAGGUGGGCGACCUGGAGCUGCAGAAGCAGAUCAGCUCCUUCCUCGCGUACACGUCCCCCGGGUUGGCGUCGUGA